GUAUGACUCGCGUAGUCAGUCUCGCGCCGAGCGUCUUACAGUGCGCAUUGUCGGGAUUUAAUAUUGUUUCGCGGUUCGAAUCGGUGAAUUUGAAAUACUUCCGGCGACGCGGAAUCAAACCACGCCGAUAUACCGUCGUGUGCACAUGACAGGCGGCCAGUGACGCUUCACGCGUGCGACGGACGAGAGCCAACGGGUCGUUAGUUCGUUUGCAUCCGACGAGCACGGACGUUUUCGAAGGUUAGCAUUAUCUGCUUUUACACGAAGGAGUUGUGAAAAGAUCGGCGGCGGAAGUAGAUUAGGAGGAAGAGGGAAGAGGCUCGCGUAAAUGGCGGGAGAACGCGUCGCCAUGGGUACCGUGUGUUGUGGCCCGCGGGUGUAGUGCGAAACCCCCCGUGAAUCGAAGGGAAGAGAGACCUGAGGGACACAGGAAGAAAGGGGAGAGAGAGAGAGAGAGAGAGAGAGAGAGAGAGUGUGAAAGGCGCGGGAAAAAGAAGGAAGAAAAAGGUAGAGAACACGCGUGGACAAGCGUGACCGGCCGAAGACUUCGAAAGGCUACUCUCUCUCGUGUGGCCGUCACGUCGUGAAGAGGCAGAGCCGGAGAAAGAGGGAGAAUAAUGCGGACUCGUUGCUUCCGCCUUGGUCAACAGCACGUUCAGAUCUGCUCGUAAUUCUGCGAGGAGGUCUAACGAACGGUGGAGAUGACUCGAAGAAGAAGAGUGCCUCUCGCGUUGAGAGUAUGCAUAGGUGUUUUCCUGCUGCUGUUCAGCGCGGUGGCCGCAGACGUGACGGAGGAUCCUCCGGCAUCGAGCUCGGAGAGGCAACCGAUAUUCCAAAGGAACAACACGAUCGUAAACGGAAUACCAUCCAAGGACGAGGCAGAGUAUCACUUAACGGCGAAGAGAAACGAAGCGGUUGAUCCGUACAACGCGACGACAGAGGAGAUCGAGCUCGCGAAAGAUGGCAAAGCAGAGGGCGAGGAGAAAGUGGCGAUGCCGAUCGACGAGAACGGAUCGCGCGACCAAGUCGAGAAAUCGGACGUGUCGUUCAACGGUGGAUCGAAACUCGAGGAGGCGAUCUACGGAACGUCCGGCAAGAGUUCGAGCACGAAAACGAUAACCGAGGACUCUUACAGACUCUCGAGGACCAACGGACUGACCGCGGUAACCGCGAAACCGACGUUGGACGAAACGAAAGUCGACGAGACGAGGAACAAGACUGUCGAGGGUCAACUUUCCAAUGACAGUCUGGCGCAGGAGCUGGGAAAAGUUGUAAAAUCUUUGGAAGGGGGAGAGACGAGCUCGGAUUCGACGCUGAAAGCGGGAACGUUUGAUAAGCCUGGUAACGAGUCACCGCAAAAGAUUCCUCUGGAGGAGCUCCAAGACAGGAAGAAAAAGGCGGAGGGUUCAGUGAAGAACGCGGAGGUCCCUGAUCUGAAAGAUGCCGACGAGGAGAAGGACGAGUCAAUCUCGUUGAUCAACGAUACGUACGUCAACUACAGCCACCGAAAACUGUCGACGGAGGCAAGCGACGAUGUGGACUCGAGUAAUAACAGGCCGAGGUCUCUCGGAGAUGGGAACUCGACAAAUUUCAUCACCGGGGAGAUCCCGGUGACUCACGAGUCGCGACAUCCGAAAGAGGAGGUGGAGGUCGUCGCAGAAAACGUGACUCAACGCGCGAUUCAGCGGAUGGUGAUCGAAACGAAACCACCUACGUCGAACGAGAACGUCGAGGACACCAACGAAACGGUGCAGCUAACCACGGAAAGAAACGGCGAAGAAUCGUCCACGACCUCCUCCUCCAGAUCGGAGGAGAAUCGACUGACAAAUUCAAGAAGAAUUCCUGCUACAAUAAAGAAAAAUACCACCGAUAGUACCACGGUCAGACCUUACCCUUACGUGAAAUCGUUUCGCAAUGCUAGCAGCCAAUUGCCAGUGACCACCGAGGAAGCAUCCGCUUUGGAGAACACGAUCGGCAAGGGGCAGUCCGAGGAGAAGUUCAUCGUGACCGAAGCUUCGGACGUGUUGGAGAACAGCAUCCAACAGUUUCGACCAGCGUACGAGAAAGGGAGCAACGAGUCCUCGACUACGUCCAGCGCGGAGGUUCGUUCCACCGCGUCUUUGCCUCGGUUGGAGGAAGCCACGCCGACGAACGAGACCGUGAAACUCGAGCGGUCGACAAGCGCGGGGAACGACGUUCCUCGAUGGAGCGAUAGAAGCGUGGACGUGACGGGGAACGGGAUAACGGAAGUGAGCGCGAAGCCCGAGAGCGUCGAACGAACGUUCCACGAGACCACCAGCCGAGCAACUUUGACCACGGAGUCUUCCGGCGAACUAUCCACCGGGUACACGCUGAUCAAGGGAAAUUCUUCAUCGUCUACGUUGAAUUCUUCGUCCACGGAUGACGCUAGCACGGAGAGCAACGCAGCGUUGCUCGCGACUACCGUAGAGGAGACAUCAUUGGGGAACGUCACCGAGUCCCCGAGCCUCGGCUCAGAGACGAACGGGACCAACGAAAUCCCUUCAGGAAGCGCAGGUGGAACUCUCAGCCCCGACGAAACAUUCCUACCAACCACCACCGGCGUUGAGUUCGAGUUCGUCGGCCUGUCCGAGUCGACAGCGUUCCUCUCGCGGAACUUUACCGAGCAGCCAGCCGAGGGUCGCGAAUUACCGAGCGAGAUCGUGCCGACGGUGAAGGGCCUAACGAGGAACGCGUCGAACGAGGACGACGAAUCAACGACGAGCAACGAAUCGAUCACGGAGGAGCCUUCGUCGAGCAGCGAGACCGAUAACCCGUUGACGGAUCGAACGCUCGUUCCUCUGUCGAUACCAAGGCCGACGCAGUCCAACGAGCCCACGACUCGAUCCAGCACCAUCGUUGAUAAAGAGAUGAUGGGAGAGACGGAGAGAAUUUCGACAAAGGUGGACGUGACGGAUUCUUGGGGCACGUUUAGCGACGAGGACGCCGCGACGACGGUCAGAGUUGAAUACACCAUCACCAAGGAAGCAAGUUUCACGGUGAACAACGUCACCGAAGCUACUGUUGUGGAGUUUGCGUCCACGUCGGAUGACGCGACGCGAGUGGAGACUUCCAGUGUUCCGUUCGCCACGGUCAGUAUCAGGCCGAAGGUCGCGGUCUCGAGCUCCACUAGCUCGCCGAUCGUGGUUUCCGACGUAUCUACGGUGAAGACGUACGACACGAAACUGCUGCCCAGCCAGGAGGAGAUCACCUGCUGGGUUCGUAUCGACAUGGAGGGCAACUCGUACGACGUUUGCCCGAAAAUGGACAAACUGAGGGUCACGCUGGCGGAGAUUCUGACGGACGGCAUGAAAAAGCCGGUAUCCGACGAGCAAAUUAUUUUCCAUCAGAAUCCGUGUCAGGAGCUAACGAGCCCCAAACCGUCGUCGGACAUGCCCCUCACGUCCAUUUGGAUUUACGUGGUCGACGAAAAUGGCAAAUUCGACAGCGACAUGACGAAAAGUUUGCCGAGCCUCUACGAAAAAUCGCAGGAGCACAUCAAGUUCCCAGUUAAAAUACACAGAUUUCUUCUGGUACAGGAAACGGUUCCGGAUUCCGGAAACGCGAUAGCGGUCGUCGUGGUCUCCUCGGUUGCCCUGAUUUGCCUAGUCCUCCUGGCUGGUCUUCUGUUUAUAAUGAGGAAGAGGCAAACGAGGUUCAACUACGGCGAACGAUGUCGUCCAGUGUCGUUGGACGCUUACAGCCUCGACAGCGUUUCCGCUUACAACAGCGUCAGACGCAAGGACGUGGCGAGAUCUUCGAAAAGGAGUUAUGGGAAUCCAACUUUCGAGGAUUCGAGCGCCAUACCGUCUCAUCCGUUGAAUUUCGCCGCGCUUUCAUCUUUCUGCAACGACGUUAACGCAAUCAACGAGGAGUUCGCCGGUAUUCCGCAAGUUUCGGCGAAGAUCGACGAGCUGCCGGCCGGUGCCGAGCUGAAGAACAGAUACGCGAACGUGAUACCGCUGCCAGAGACGAGGGUGCUCCUUCAAAAAAUCAACAACGACCCUCUCACAGAAUACAUCAACGCCAGUUACGUUCGGGGGCCAAAGAACGCAACGAAAUACUACGUCGCGUGUCAAGCACCGAUGGAGUCGACCGUCACCGACUUCUGGAGAAUGAUAUGGGAACAACAGUGCAAAGUGAUCAUCAUGCUGACCGAUCUCGUUGAGAACGGGGUGGAGAAAUGUACCGAGUACGUUCCACCAUCUGAAGUUACCGAUUGUCGCCGGUUAUACGGCGAUUUCCAAGUUACUCUGAAGAAGAGAGAAACCAAAGAGAAAUACGCCAUUUCUACCCUUCAUUUGAAUAAUUUGGAGAAGAACACGUUCCGCGAGGUGUAUCAUAUUUGGUAUUUGUGGCCAGUGAACGGAGUGCAAUCGGACGGUGCAGGUUUAAUAGCCGUGCUCCUCGAGGCAAGGGCACUCCAAAGGGGUGGUCCUGGACCUAUUGUGGUCCACUGCAGCCCCGGCACUGGACGCACGGGAACGUUAAUAGCUCUUGACCUAGGAAUUAGACAAUAUGAGAUUACGAGGACUGUGGACGUGCCAAGGGUCGUUUACACUAUCAGACGGGAUCGUGCUGGGGCUGUCAAGACGAAAGAACAAUACGCUUUCAUUUACAAGGCAUUAAAUUUAUACGCGACCAAACUUGCCGGCGGCGUGUUGGAAUCUACGUGAACCACUCGAGACAUUGAAGAAAUCCUCUGUUGAAAAGCGUAAUCCGAGUCGCGGCAGAGAGCUGCUGUACCCGUGAACGAUAAACCAUUCAUCGAGAACGAUAGGAAACCCGCGAGAUUUCAAAGGUGUUUUACGAGAUGCCAGUGUUAUGCCAUUGGAUAAGAAAAGCCAAUGAAAAAAAUCGAACGAAACAAAUUGACUUGUGAUACCACUGCGUGGACCAUUGCGACGAUCGUGUCUCGCUCUGGAUUUCUGCUUAGUCCUCUCGAUUUCGCCAUGAAAAUUCAAAGCGUGUCCUCUCACCAUCUAGAGUGAGAAGCGUAACUGGACUCGAUUAGGCCGAUAAGAUUUUCCGUAAAUCAUUCUUCACCGCUGUUAAUAUUGAAGUAACGAAACGGCUGCAUACUGAAGAUUAAUGCUGAUCUAAACUCUAUCUAAAAUUUUUGAGUUGUGGAUGCCUUUUAUGUGCUACGUAACAAGCAAUUUGACGAUUUCAUUUGUUUUAUGUAUAUGAAACAGACAGUGCACAAGAUAUUUUAUGGAACAAUUAGAUACAAUUGAAAGUAUGUCGUCUAUUGAAGAAAUUAUUAAAUCUCAAUUAGCUGAGAAUAUCAAAAAUUUCUCGAGAGAAGUGUAAAAAUUGCAAAUGUCCAUCAAUAUUGAUUUCUGAAUUUCUGAAGGAAAUUUAAGAACAGUGAGAUGAAAUUCAACCUGAUAUCAUUGAAAUCUUGUACAAUGAAUGAUAAUGAAAAAAAGAAAAUGCAACAGAGCCCAUAUCUAAAAGCUAAAGAGAUGGAUGUUAAUAAGUUAUUCAAAUUGAAGAAUUUAAUUACAAAAAUAUUCUGUAAAAAACUGAAAAUCAAUAUAUUACAUAUAUUCCUUGUUACAAAAUUUUUCCAGUAUUGAUUAGAAAGAUUAUUAGUUUCAACUACCAAAAGUAUUUCUAUCGACAGUAAUAAGAAAGGAUUUACAGAAAAUCUGUGAGCUAAUGGUUCAAUUACACUCUUCACUGUAUUUGUCUAUCCCUCUUUAUUGACAUUUCAGCGUUUGUUCAGAACAUUUCCAGCAAAUGUUACGUUUUAAAACGAUUCUACAUUGAGAAUGCAAUCUACAAUUGAAAUUUCGUAUUAGUAUAACUGGGAAAUUUUUGCUCGUACCAUUGUGUCGUGGAUGAUUCAUAAUGGAGUUUGAUAUUUCGUUAAUUAAAAACGUAGAAGCUAAAUGGAAAUUACUUCUAUUCUUUUUUUUUUUUUUUUUAAUACCAUGACGUGUGUUAUUCUUACUUUUUUAAAUUUUAUAUAAAAAUUUACAAUGUUUUUAGAAUUUUAGCAUUUUAAAUUCCUCAUCCACUUAAAUUAAGUUAUUCAACAUGCUUAAAUUAAAAGAUUAAUUAAGUAACUUCGAAUCCAAGUCGCAUAUAAUCAUCCACGAAUGAUACUGUUCGAAUAUUAUUAAAAUCGAUAUUUCAUUUCGAUAAAUUCCAGUUUUCCGUUUCCGAAAAAAAAAAAUUCUGUUCGAACUUACAUAUUUCGUGCACAAAAUUAUCUGUUUUUGCGAAAUUUUUAUAGAAAGCAGUGUCACACUUGGAAAUACUUUUGAAUAAUAAUUGGAACAGAUAUUUUAGAGAAUCUGUAUAAUAAAAGUUCCAUGGAAGCAAGUUACUUCUAAUUAAAAAUCCAUUUUCAUAUUUGACUACCGUUCAUUGAAUUUGUGGCAUUUGUUACAAGUAUUGAGAAUCUUUUUUUUAAUAUCGACCAACAGAUUAUUCUGUUCCUCCGACAGGAAAAUUUUCAUUUGUAUAUUUUCUAAGUUCUACUCUGUCUGAAACUUUCAUUUUUAAGAACAUUCAUUGCAACGUGAGAGCAUUUUUUAAUGUAAAAACUAGAAUCCACGUUUCAAAUAGAAAGUUUCUUCGUUUCUUGGUAAACACAUCACACGAGAGGAAAAAGACAAACAGAAUGAGUAGCAUGUUCGAUCGAUGAACGAAGAGUCGAGAGGCGUGAAUUAAUUUGUGAUAUCCGGACCAUUCGUCAACGAUAUUCAACUAUUCGUAUCUCUUAGGCCUAUUACGAUUUUGUAGAAGCUUUCUUUUUUUUACCGUAGACUUCUGUCUCCUUCUGUCAAUAUUUUAAUAUACACAUAUAAAUAUUAUACAUACUGCGUAUAUACGUACAUUUGUAAGUGAAUAAAAAAAAAAAAGAAAAAUAAAAAAAAAGGACAACUAGGUAUAGUUGAAUAUUUAACGUUGAUACGUCACGCGUUCGUAGUCAAUAGCGUUAUCACGGGACAUACUAUACCAAUCACACGAAACAAUUGUAACAUUUCUUUCGAUAGAAAAAGAAAAAAUGUAUUCCGCGAUCGGACAUUCUACAAACCAUAACGAAAUACUUCGAGGAUAAAGGAA